CUAUGCCAUUAGAUGUUAAUGACCCCAUGGUGAGCAACGACAUGAACAUAUAUUCACGACCACAAUUCGCGUCACCCAUGGUGACCUCUCCCGUAAGCCCAGACUUUGCCUCCACGACUCGGCGACUUCCUCAGGAGAAUUCCAACAGCACCAUACAAACCAACGACCAAUUCGGACCAGAGUCUGGCAAUGGCACCCCUGACGUACAGUCCUCCAUGCCCUCCCGGACAGGUAGUCAAGAACAAGUUUUCCGCUCUAACUCUCGACCCGGAAGCAACCCUUCCUCCACUCAGAAUUCCUCCCAUCAGAUACCCACUGUUUUAUCCUUUCGACCAGAACCCACUCAGCAACUAGAGGAGUCGCUACCUAGCAGUGGGUUGAAAUUCCCCUGGAGGGCGACCACUAAUGGCUUCCCCUCGACAAUGAGUGGCCGCUCGCACGUGGAGCACGCUCAGUAUAAAAAUGCGUAUUCUUUGACCGGAUUCAACAUGCUUGAGGUCCUCACACGCGUUGCUAACAGACCUAAUCCGGAGAUCAACAUUGGAAAUGUCGACUUUUCUUGCGCGUUUGUGGUUUGUGACGCCCAGAAGGAUGACGUCCCUAUCGUCUUCUGUUCCGACAAUUUUGAGCGAUUAACUGGCUACACCAAGUACAUGAUCCUUGGCAGGAAUUGCCGCUUUCUUCAGUCACCAGAUGGCUACGUUGAGGCGGGCAUAAAGCGGAAAUAUGUGGACGAUGACUCUGUUCUUUAUCUCAAGAACAUGAUCAACAUGAGGAAAGAGGCGCAGAUUAGUCUCAUCAACUACCGAAGAGGCGGACAGCCAUUCAUGAAUCUACUGACCAUGAUUCCCAUUACCAUGGCAGAAAGCGACGAAAUCAAGUACUAUGUCGGUUUUCAGGUUGACCUUGUGGAGCAGCCAGCUUCAAUGACGAACAAAAACCCAGAUGGAUCGUAUACUGUGAACUACCAACGUGGUAUAAAUGUUCCCAGUUAUGUCUUCAUAGACCAUAAUUUCAAUCUCCCGGACGCAAUACAAACCGUGACACGAGAUGAGGUAUCCAACGCCUUGAGCACCUUCAGCACGUCCGGAGACUCCGAAUUUACGAGAACAAUAUGGGAUAAGGUCCUACUGGAAAAUACAGACGACGUCGUGCAUGUGCUGUCGCUGAAGGGUCUAUUUCUGUACCUGUCACCUUCCAGUCAGAAGGUUCUAGAGUACGAACCCAGCGAACUGGCCGGCAGCGCUUUGUCGUCUAUUUGUCAUCCUAGUGACAUUGUGCCUGUCACCAGAGAGUUAAAAGACACAUCUAAUGGAGCGUCUGUCAAUGUUGUGUUUAGGAUACGGCGAAAGCGGAGCGGGUACAUGUGGUUUGAAGGUCAUGGCUCGCUUCAUUCAGAGCAGGGCAAAGGCCGCAAGUGCAUUAUACUUGUCGGACGCGAACGGCCAGUAUACACACUCACCAAGAGCGAUAUUCGGUCCUCAGGAGGUAUUGGCGACAACGAACUAUGGACAAAAAUGUCCACCUCGGGGAUGUUUCUAUUCGUUUCUUCCAACGUUCGCCAGCUUUUGGACCGACAGCCCGAGGAUCUAGUCGGCACCAGUAUACAAGGUCUUAUGCGACAGGACUCAAAGGCAGAGUUCGGACGCAUACUCGGGCUUACCCGUACAGGCAGGAAGGGCGAAGUAAAACACGAAAUGAUCAACAAGAGAGGACAAGUGCUCCAAGCAUUCACUACUCUAUAUCCGGGCGAUGCUACAGAAGGUCAGAAACCGACAUUCCUUGUCGCGCAAACAAGACUUCUGAAAUAUUCGCGUGGCGGGACCCAUAGUGCUCAAAGCACUCCGCGUCCGAGUCUAUAUCCCAAAGAGCGCAAUUCUAACGAAGGCUCGAUUUCAAUCGCGUCAGGCGAUGCAUCGAGUGCCGUUGGAUCAGCUGAGAUGAUGCCUGCGGGUAGCAGCACACCCCAGACUGGAAUGUCGGGUAGUCAGUUUGUCACAACUGACGCCUCAGCUGCCACGUUUGCCGGUGAGAAGGGUCUAGCUCUCGGUCAUCAGGAUGUUUCUCUAGCUUCGGAGGAGAACGUGUUUGAUGAGCUCAAGACGACAAGAAGUACCAGCUGGCAGUUCGAGUUACGCCAAAUGGAAAAGCGAAAUCGUCUCCUAGCGGAAGAAGUACAAAGCUUAUUAGCAGCAAAGAAGAAACGGAAGAGGAGAAAGGGCGCGGGUCAGCUACAGAAAGACUGCGCCAACUGUCACACUCGAGUGACUCCAGAGUGGCGAAGGGGGCCUUCGGGGAACAGAGAUCUCUGCAACUCUUGUGGCUUACGAUGGGCCAAACAGAAUGGUCGAGUGUCACCCAGGACAUCUUCUCAAAAGAGCGAUUCAGCAAGCAAAGCUGCCGGUGCGCCCCGGCCGAGCAAACCCAUUCCCCCUAACCUUCCGGGGCAUUCGGCCGCUCUAGACUCGUCUACGAGACCGACAGCAAUAACUUCAGCGCAGCAAGCAAGUGCAGACAGCCAUGCAGCCAAAGUGGCACGCAUGGAGGUUGGAGCAUCGGAUGGGCUCUCGGGCGGCGUGCCUGCUAAGAUUGAUGAGGACCAUGAGCCGGAUUAAGCACGAUUUCCUACACGCAAUUUUCUCUGAGAGUUAAUCCAUGAUGGCUGCUUCACGGCUUGCCUUCCUCGAUACCCCUUCAGAUUGACUAGACAUCCGCUUCUUGCUGCCAUAGAUGCUGCUGCGUUAUUUUGCGACCAUUUUGGGCUACAGUACCUGGUGCCUGGGUAGUGAAUGCAGGUACCGGGCGAUUCGGCCUCAAGGUGAACUUCGGCACCCCACACAAUUUGUCGCGUCUCUUACGAGCGUGCAAGCGAGUUCGAUGAUACCGUGGAAUAGAUCUCAGAUGGGCCGGAACGGAUGCCGGUGGGCGUAGUUAGUUCGACGACUGUACAUACAUACACAUACACAAUGAAGCUUACGAGACUGAUGAUACCAAAGCCGCGGUUCACCGGUGAUCUGC